UGGUAGCAACUAACUUCCCCUCCAGAACUCAGUCAAAACCUUUCCGUCGAUCUACAAACUCUUUGUUGAACAACCAACACUCAACAAAGCCAUCCCAAUUUAACGAGUCACUGAUCGAUUGAUUGAUACAGAAGAAAAUAACGACAAUGGGGGAAGUAGGAAGAGUAGUGGAGAACAAACAAAUUAUAUUCAAAGGAUACAUUGAGGGAUCUCCGAAGCAGACUGACAUGGAGCUCAAGGUCGGCAACAACAUCAAGCUGGAGGCUCCAAAGGGUUCGGGGGCAUUUCUGGUCAACAACCUUUAUCUCUCCUGCGAUCCUUACAUGCGCGGUCGAAUGCGCGACUUCCAUGGCUCCUACAUUCCCCCUUUCGUCCCUGGUUCGGUAAUCGACGGAUUCGGAUUGUCGAGAGUUGUGGAUUCUGAUAACCCCAACUUCAAAACGGGUGAUUUGGUUUCAGGAAUGACGGGUUGGGAAGAGUACAGCUUGAUAUAUAGGACUGAGCAGUUGAGGAAAAUUCAGCCAGAUGAUGUUCCCCUUUCAUACUAUGUGGGUCUUCUUGGAAUGCCAGGUUUUACUGCGUAUUCUGGAUUUUAUGAGGUUUGUGCCCCUAGAAAAGGGGACUAUGUUUUUGUAUCUGCUGCUUCUGGAGCUGUUGGUCAGCUUGUUGGACAACUUGCUAAUUUACAUGGAUGCUAUGUCGUUGGAUGUGCUGGCAGUGGCCAGAAAGUUGAUCUUCUGAAGAAUAAGCUCGGUUUUGAUGAAGCUUUUAACUAUAAAGAAGAACCAGAUCUUGAUGCAGCUUUGAAAAGGUAA